AGUUUGCCUUGAAUUAGCUAGCUUAAAAUGGCGAUAUCUGGUGUUUUGAAUGUACGUGGACAAAUUAAAACUCUUAACCAUAGUUUUUAGGAAUUAGAGAAUAAGGGUGUAAGGUUCAUAAUUCAGGCUAGCAUAUCCUAAAUGUUGAUCUAUUCAUGCUCUAAUUUAUCCACAUCUCUGUCAUUACUGUCUGAUUUAAUCCCCUUGCUGACAAAGUUGAGGUUUUCUUCACUGUAUAUGUACCCCAAAUCUAAAGUGAGACGAUGAUAGCAGCUUCUGUGUACAAGUUGACGAAGAGCGACCGUGAUAGUGUACAACCAGGAAACUCAUCGUCUACAUGCAUAACAUACAGACAGGUAGCGGAAUUUAUAUCUCUUUGUCAGGAAAGGUGGUUCUGCUGUGCAAUCUUUGCUUAUAAUGGAUGUUCAGGUUGCAGACCAGCGGUAUUACCACUAGAUCAAGCACAUGUUCACGAUCAAGGUUAAAUGUUAUAUGAUCUUAAGCGCACGCCCUCCUGUGUUUGAUAUGAAACCAGCUUGGUGGUCUCUUAAUUGCUUUUUAUGCUGUGUGCUAACAGGGGGCUCAUUCCUGAAGGGAAGCUGGACGCUUCCAACACGCCGUAUUAUGAGCCGUUCACUGAAGACGUGAGAGCUGAGAUCGAGAGAGAAGGCUCGUUUGCUGUGGAUCGACUGGAGAUCAUCGUGAUCCCAUGGGAUGGGUGUAAUGGAGAAGGAACGCAGCAUGACAGGGCAACCACGGCGAGGAACAUGGGGAAGGCGAUCAGAGCGGUGGACGAGGCGAUGAUUCAGAGCCAUUUCGGUGGAGGAGAUGCGGAGUUUAUGGACCGUUUGUUUCAGAAGUUUAGUCCCAAAAACAGACAGUAAGGAGCACAACCAGACAUUUCUCAGAUACAAGAUAUGUACAAGGAGCCAAACGUGACCUUUGCUUCAACCAUGUUCUUCUGUGCUUUCUUUUGCAGAAUCUAACAUAUUGAUGAAGAGGAGAGCCCUCCCAUUAUUGGCAGAGUGUCCAAGAACACAUUUUGCAGCAACAAGUUUUACUGUCUGUAAGGCGUAAGCUACCAACCUGAAUAACGACGUUUAAUGAGGUUUGGUGUUCGAAACCGGUAAUAUACCCGAAAAUGUUUUUCAGGACAUCUUCUUUUGUCUAUUUUUUUUAACGAUUUUCCAAACCCUAUAAUUUAUUACCAACACUUCCAUUUCGCGUCGUCUUCUCGGUGCCUGCAGCUUAGUCUCGUUGCCGCCGGUGCCGUCCUUCUUCUGCUCGCCCUACCUCCGCCAUCAUCACUUCCUUGAGAGCUGCUGCAGCUUCAGGAGCCGCCAGAAUAAGAUACGAAACCCAGCAACUUCACACAAAAAUAGCAAUCUUCCAUUCUUCAAGUAAUUUCCACUUGAAGAAUGGAAAUUAUGUGUGUGUGCACAAUGCACGAUUUGAUGCAUGACCUAGCUUGUUGGAUAGCUGGAGAAAAGAUCAUGCCAACUUCAAGUUUAACGAUUCUAAAAAAUAUUCCUUCAAAGACCCGCCACUUGUUCGCAACGGUUGGUGAUGAUGAUGAUAAGAGAGAAGAAGAUCAUGGUGGUGAUGGUAUGGGAAAUGCAAGCAAGGUGCGAACUCUUGCAUACUGGGGUUAUCUUACAAGCAAAGAAGUUCAACAAGUCAUUAACAACUUCAUACGGUUGCGCACACUAGUAAUUUAUUGCAAAGAUCAAGAGUCAAACGAUGAGGACAGUUGCGAGGGAAGGAAAGAACUUCCAAACUCAAUUAGCAAAUUGGUUAAUUUGCAAGUACUGGGACUCUUUGACAUCGAGUCACUAAAAGAACUACCAAAGGGUAUUGAGAAGCUUGUUAAUUUGAAGCAUUUGGAGCUCAAAGCAUACGAAGCAGGACAUAUAACCCAUAUGCCAAAAGGGAUUGGGAAGUUGAAGUUUCUCCAAACGCUACCAAUUUUUGUAGUCAGCAAGAAGAACGGUUGUAUUAGUAAUGACAAUACAGUUGGGGCUGAGUUGGAUGAGCUGAAAGGGUUAAAUGCAUUGUGUGGAGAAUUAGCAAUUAAAGGCCUAGGAAAUGCUGAAUCUCCAAGAACAGAUGUUUAUGUCUUGAAUGAAAAGCUACAUCUCCAGUCACUUGUUUUAGAUUGGAGCAGAGAUGAUGACAUUGGCGACGAUGUUCAUGAUGUUACUUCCUUGUCUAUUCUUGAUGAAGGGAUAUUGGAAAUGCUGAAGCCACACUUUAAUCUGAAGAAGUUGGCGAUACAAAGAUGUUAUGGAGGGGUGAAGAUUCCUAACUGGUUGUCUGGCCUGACCAAUUUGGUUGAGUUCUCAUUACAUGAUUGCAAGCAAUGUGAGUACCUCCCCCCGCAAAUUCAUCAAAUGCCGAGUUUGAAGAGGCUUACGAUUAGAAAUUGCCCGCUGUUGAAGGGCAUUGAUGAUGUUGACCAUCAUCGUGAUUCUUCACCGAUAGAGGAAGAGGAUUGCGAGUGGCCUCGAUUUUGUUGUCUUGCUAACUUGCGCAUUGAGGGUUGCCCAAGGCUAUCUCGGUUGCCCACUUUCCCUACCGUUGAAGGCGAGUUGGAGUUGGUUGCGGUGAGCUUAGCACCAUUAGCUAGGACUAUGAAGAUGAAGAUGAGGGGAGGAAGAGGUGUUGGUUAUACGGAUGAAUUCGAUACAAAUAUCCAUUCUCUUCGUACGUCUUCUUUUUCGGCAUUGGUCCACUCACUCUCCAAGCUUACCAAGUUGAGCUUAAAGAGAAUCGAUGACGAUUUCGAAUCCCUAUCAUAUCAUGAUUCGAGCAGUUGUCUCGUAUCUCUUCAGGAGUUGAGAAUUGUGGACUGUCGUGGAGGGGUAAAGCUUCCUAGUUCGUUGUGUUCCAGUGCGAGCUUGACGUUGAUUCACUUAAAAAAAUGUGAGAUGGUAGAGUUCCUGCCACCCAUACAUGGACUUCCAUCCUUGAAAGAGCUAAUUAUUUGGUACUGUCCGAAUCUGAAGGGAUGUUGGUGGAAGAAAAGGAAGGGGAAUAAUGAUAAUUACGGCAAUGGUGGUGAUGAUGAUUAUUACAACUUUGAUCCUUCAAUGGAAGAGGAAAGGGAAGAUGAGGAGUGGCCCCGUUUCCCUUGUCUUUUGGCAUUGCAUAUUGUACAUUGUCCAAACCUGACUCGGAUCCCUCUGUUUCCAACGGUUGAAGGGUUGAGGCUAAUGAGAACCAGCUCAGAGGCGCUAGUGCGGACAAUGAAGAUGCAAGUGGCGGGAGCAGUUCAUCAUGAUUCUCAGCAACAUUCCACUACAACAGCAACUACCUCUCCUUCUUCCCAGAGGACUGCGCUGGAUAGACCGCUAUCUAACUUGGAAGAGUUGGGUCUUUGGGAAAUUGACGAACUGGAAUUUCUACCAGAAGAAGGCCUCUGCAACCUCACUUCUCUCCGUGAAUUGAAGAUUUCCUCAUGUCCAAGAUUAGCAAAUCUGCUUCCAGCAAUACAACACUUCACCUCUUUACACAGAUUGGAAAUUGGGGGGUGUCCUGAGUUGACAAUAAGAUGCGGAAAGGGUGAAGGCGAAGACUGGCCCAACAUUUCCCACAUCCCCAAUAUAAAACUGGACGACAAUAUGCUCCAAGGGACUUAUUUCUGAAGGGAAGCUGGACGCUUCCAACACGCCGUAUUAUGAGCCGUUCACUGAAGACGUGAUCACAUGAGAUGAGAGCCGAGAUCGAGAGAGAAGGCUCGUUUGCUGUGGAUCGCCUGGAGAUCAUCGUGAUCCCAUGGGAUGGGUGUGUAAUGGAGGAGGAACGCAGUGCGACCAGGCGACCAUGGCGAGGAACACGGGGAAAGCGAUUAGCGUGGUGAAUGAGGCGAAGAUUCGGAGCCAUUUCGGUGGAGGAGAUGUGGAGUUUGUGGAUCGAUUGUUUCAGAAGUUUGGCAGGAUCAUGGUGGAUGACUCUGAAGGAAGUUGAGCAUGUCAGUAUUGUUGUCUCUGUUGUCAAGAAGCAAUCAACCGUUUGAGUAUGUUAGUACUGUCAAUGCCUCUGUGUGAUCUACUUAGUUAGUUAGUUAUAUCAUUUGCACUCGUAUUUCGGUUUCAAGUGUAUUAUUAUUGAGACUAUCUUCGCUGAAUUUUUUGAUUGAAAUUUGAAUCUGAGUAUCUUUUAGAUUGACUGUUGGCCUCGAUGUUUAAAGUGUAGUCAAACGUUGUUGAUUUUUGUGGUAUGUUUGGAGGGGUAGCGAUGACAAAGAAUGAUUGAAUAUAGGAGUUUAGUGAUGACAAAUUUUUACAUGAUUCGCACAAUCCGUCAUGUUCCUACUUGUUUGGGAAACGUAUUAUUCGAUUUAUAGUAGUGUGUGAAAUGGGUAUGAGUAUUGCUUUCGAUCAGUUCUGUCUCGUUAUCGACUCGUUAUUUCAUGAUUUGUAUUAAUAUCUACAUGCAUUUAUUCUUUUCAUAACAUUUUCUUAGAUCAUAUUUUCAUCUAAAAGAAAUUUUAAAAUUCAUCUUUCAACUAUUUAGACUCAAUUAUGUAUUCUCAUCUAUUUCUGAUUCAUUUGUGAAGUGUAUACUCUAUCUGUUUUUGUAAAAUAGUUAAAUAUCGAUGUUAUUUUUUCAAAUAAGAAAAAUGGGUUUACAUGGCCAAUCCACCAUUCACCCGAACAUUACUUGAUUUGAUACGCAUUUAGUAUUGGGUCGGGUAUGAGUAUUGUAGUUGUCGCUCCCGCUUCCCCUCGCCCAGUUGCCAUCACUAAAAGAUUGCAAUUCUAAUUUGUGGUGACGGUCCUUAAGUUUCGAUUACUAAUGAACCGAGAUUGUCAUGGUUGCGUGUCGGUGGCAUGUCGUUUGAUUGUACUGGGUUCAACCGGCGUCGGUCACAAAACUGGCUACAAUGCUCCCUCAUAUGACCGGCAUGAUCGAUUUUUUACCUCUAAACAAAACUACGCCGUUUUUGAGAAUUUAGUUAACAAAAAAAUUAUUUGUUUAUUUAAUUUGGAAAUUAAAUGUUGAUGUUAUUUGUUGGUAGGGAUGGCAAUCAAACCCAUGGUCGCGGGUAACCGACCGCCCCCGACCCAGUCAACGCGGGGAAUCCCCCUUUGAUCGGGUAUGGGGCGGGUAUGGGUAAAACCCGCAAAAAGUUUGAUGGGUAUGGGGCGGGUAUGGUUUUAGCCUCCCCCGCCCCAUACCCAUCCCCAUACCCACCCCACCAAGAUAAUUUCUUCAUAUAAAAAAAAUAUGUGCAUCAAAUUAUAAUCUAUCAAUGAUGAUAAGGAUAACUUGAGAAAAUAAAUAGUAGAAAUGCAAUUGAUUGACCACCUUAAUCAAAAUCUAAUUCAUUUCUCUGAAUUCUCAUUUCACUCUUUCACUUUCCCCCUUGUCAACAAGAUUAUGUUAGUUAAUUAUUAUUUAGUAGAUGUAUCAGAGUUAGAACAUAAUAAUUUGAAAAAUAUUAUACUCUAUAUUAUGUAUUAAUGGAUAUUUUAGGAUCAUAAUUUUUGAACGAUAUUAAAAAAAUGACCGUGUUUUAUUGACUUCAUGAUAUAAUACGUUCGUUUAGAAUUAUAAUUAGAACUUUUCUUGUACGUUUUAGGUAUAAUAAUGUUGGAUGUACGGGUAUGGGUAUUACCCAUGGGUACCCGAAACCCACGGGUAUGGGGAUGGGUUUGCAAAACAUUCCCCCGCAUGGGUAUGGGGCGGGUAUGGGUUUGGGUAUUUGAAGAUGGGUAUGGGGAUGGUUUAAGCAAACCCGCCCCAAACCCGCCCCAUUGCCAUCCCUAUUUGAUGGAUUGAAGUAUGGAAUAUGAAUAUUUAGAUGUUUAUGUUAUUUGUUGUAUUCAAAUCUCAAUAUAAAUGUUUCGAUGUUGGCGUUAAAUCUUAUAUUUAAAUAUAAUAUUUUUCAUUGUCUUUAGAAAUGUUCUAUUUCCCUACAUGUUUUUCCUAAAACGGCGUGAACUUAUUUAAACUAGGACAAUGUCACUUAAGACCAUCAACAACCAUGAAAUAGCCUACCUAUUUCAUUUGUGGCCCCUACUGCCACCUAUACACUUUUUACAAUUUCAUUCUUUAACAUCCAUUUCAUCUACAUCCAUGAAAUCUAUCUCCAAUUUCAUAUGGUGGGCCCGAUUCACAUAAACAAUAUAACUAAAUAAUUAUACACUCUAAUCAAUUGAAAUGGGCCCGCUUGCUACCCCACUUGUAAUUUCAUUUGCUAUUCCAUCUAAUGAAAUAUUUCAUUAUUGAAAUGGGUUGCUACAACCAUGAAAUGGCAAAUGACAUUGCCAUGUCACUUUGAAAGGAAGAAGAGACAGCUGAUGCCGCUGCUCUAUAUCAAACCGGCAUAUAACAAUACUAGCUGUUGGCCCGGCCUUUGGCCGGAAGUUUUGAUGAUUUCCCAUUUCCCCCCCUUUUUAUUUGAUCUGAUAUGCUUUUCUUUGUGUAAUUAAAUCCAAAAUUUCAGUCACUAACCCGAGUAUGGUUGUAAUACUCUAGUCUGUAGGGAAGAGAGGUUGAGUGGAUAGACAGAUCAAGUUAGACGUAUAUUGCAUUGAAGUUUUGGUUGAACUUGUGAUGGAUUUGAGAUAAUGUAAAGCAAGUCGAAAAUGCAAGUGAUGGACAGUAUAAUAAGCCUCUUCAUCCAAACCAGUGAUAUGUUACACUGUUGUUGGAUUUACUCUGCGAUUCCCUCAAGCAACCCCUUUUUUCCUUUGACAUUCUCAACCUUCGAUGCAUUACGUACCAACCAAAAGACAUGCUUGAGUAAGUGGAAUGAGGAUCAAUUAAGUACGAUGUACACGUUGUUUAAAUAACUUAUGGAUCUACUGUCAUCGUCACGACAUAAGAAAAUAUGAGCAGACUAUAUAAUUAGAGAAGAAACUUGGUCAUACUAAACUAAUACAUUUGGAGUUUGAAAAAUGGGAGAGUAAGAAACGAUAUGAUGGACAUGGAAUUUUCAGGUAGUAUAGUCAAACCUGAUGUCCCAUAUGUUUAAGGCUACUUAAAAAGCAAUCAGCAAAGGAAACCCAAUGUGGAAUGACUUAGUAGUAUAUGCAAUGCGUGUUUACCCAUGGGAACCAACAUCAACAUGCAUUCACUAACCACUUGCUCGGUUUAAGAGACAAUAUUGACAUAGCUCUAAACUGAAACAGAAUUUUACAUCAACCUAAAUCCUACUCUAUCAGUUCCUCCGUACCUUAGCCAAUCGAUCUAAACAGGCAAUAAGAUGAAUCAUAGGAGCAAUCCAAAUAGACACGUCAACAUAAGCGCACUCUAAAUUAGAGGUCGAAAGAAGAUAUCAACAUUUUUAGCGACAUGGGUACACAUAUCGAACUGAGCAAAACAAAGGGCUUAUUUAAAGCUUCCAGCCAAAAGGUCCAAAAUAUAUGAAUUGGAGAACGAAGAUGGCUAUGGUAGGACCACCCACCACUACACCUACUGCAAAUUAGUAUCAACAGUAGAAGAAGAUUGCUGCAGAUUUUGUGUAAUCGUCAGCAAAUAGAGACUGCAUGUCAUCUAUUAAUGUCACUUGAAUCAUACUUAUUGUGAUUUUGAAACAUCACUUGCCCUUCUGGGGGGGGGGGAGUGUAUUAUAAUUACAAUUGAAGAACAACAUUAAAACAAAGAUAAUUUUCAUCGGAAACAUAAUAACUCAUGAUAAACAUAAGAACAUGCAAUUUAGAACCGGAACUAUAUAUGCAUCUGUGACAGAGGAUUCAACCCGACCAAUUGGAUGAAGAGCAGAAACCAAAGCGAUUGAAAAACAAAAUUCAAAAGCAAACCGAUUGAGAGCAGAGACCCUUACGGCCUAUAGGACAACCGAUGAGAUUAAAGAGGGAAGAUGGUUUUGUUGAAGUUGAUACUGUCUGUUGCUCUGCAUGCUACUUUCUCAACUCCCUCAGAUCCGCUGACUCCAAUCGCCUCUUUUCGUCUCCCCGUAUCUGCCGACUCCAAUUUCAGUACGAUUCCCCUCCAUAACCUCAAGUCCCGACAGCGAAAUUUCUCAACAAUUCGUUAAUGCUGCUUUGGAAUGAAUCUCAAUCUAGUGGGAGAGACAUAAGGAGUCGGCACGAUUUGACAUGUUGAUCAGAGGGGAUUUAGUUCCGGGCGAUUAAACAUAUAUGACAGAUCGAGGUUGAAAUCGACAGUACAGACUGUCAAAUAAGAGCGCAUCAUUCGACUGGGCACCGUUGGCGGAUGAUUCACAGCGCUGAAGUCAGUAGUUGCAGGCUUGACGUGUACUCGCUGCGGCAGAGAUGAAAGUUUUGCAGAUCUGGAAGACGAACCGUUGCGGUGAAUGGUAAGGGAGAAGGGGUAUCGGAUGCUGGAAAGGAGGAUUUUUUAAAUAGAGAGAGGAUGGAGAGAGAGCGAGUAUGUGAUGACGUGGAAUCGUGAAUGGAAGUAAAAUUUGAAUCCCUGAAAGGCAGUUUGAGAAAACGCUUAUAGUAUUUUUUAGAUUUAGAGAAGAUAGAGACUUAUUAGUUACUAGCUUAUAACCCGACCCGUUGGUCGGAGGAGCUGCGCCGAAUAUUGAAUUAUUGGGAUAACCCGUAGAUUCAACCAUUAAGCUAAAUUGGCCUAAUGGUGAGUACCGCCUAGCAUAUCCCUAAUAAUCAUACCAAAGUGAAUAUAUUGGAACAUAAACAGUACAUCAGAAGUUGGUAGAACCAUGAAGUUAGACCAUUAAAAACAUACCAAUGAAAUUGAAUAGCAUCGAAAAACUUCAACUUCAUUAUAUAAUUACAUGAGAUCAGAAAGAGAACACCAUUAAUUUGCUUUAUAAAACUUUCAUCUUGUUGUCAUUGUGUUUUCCGGUUUUUGUUAGGCCAUGAUAAAAUCUAAGGAAAUCAAGAACGAACAACACGAUUUGGGAUAGGAACCGCCGUUAUCAUAUUCCUAGAAAAUGGUGGUAAACACGGACUCACCUGUCAAACUGGUUUGGAUUGAGAUUUUUAUCGGAUAUCAGGGAACCAUGUGAUUAUAAAUUAGACUUGAUCAAAACGGGCCAAAACUUAAAAUUCAGCCUGUUUGACCGACUCAUGCCAAAUUCUAAUUAUUCGUUACUUUUAAACUUUCUAUUUGAAAAUAAAAUAUAGUGAAAGAAAAGAGAUGACUGCAAUUCGCCAUUUGCACAUCACUUAUUCGAGAAUAAAACCAUAGAAAUUCAAAAGGAACUGAAAAUGUUUAGGAUCGUUUUAAUGUUUAAAAUAACCAAAUAGAUCUUUCUGUUUAGUUUUUUACUAGCAAAUACCAAACGAUUCCCUAUAAAUUACACUAUAAUUUGAUCAUUAUGAUAUCAAAUAAUUAUAUAAUAUAUUUGAAAUGAUAAAAAUUGGACUAAUUGGGUUGGUCGAGGUUGAACCAUUGAAUAACUUUAAAAUACAUUAUAUUUUAGCCACUAAGAUAUAAAAUAAUAGCAUGACAUAUAUUAUGCCAGAGAAAAUAGCUUGUUUUAUAAUGUCAAACCAAUGAUGUUCAUUUUUUUUAUUUGAUGGUCAAAUCCCGUGUAGGUCAGACCCAUUCAACUCUUUUAUUUUAUGGUUAGCGGUUAGCCCAUUAGAUACCAUGCAUUAGUUUAUUGUUAAAUUUUUUAUUUUUAGCAAUAAAAAGAAGUAUUGUUUUAGCCUUUUCAUAUAUAUUUUAUCACCACGGAGAAAUAAAAGGGUAUAAAGAAAAAAAUUGACACUCCUAGACCCAUUUAAAUCCGCAUGUGUACGGUAAGUUGGCCCGUUCCACAGAGAAAAGAGAAAAAAAUUGACACUCCCUAUUCUACCCUUCCUACAAACGCUCCUGGAGCAGGGAAUUUGAAAUGGGGGAAGUGUUUUUUCCACCCUGAUAUCAUAUAUUUUUAGUUUAAAAAGAUACAACAAAUGUACUUAGUGUGAUUGGUUAUGAUCCUUGCUUUUCUUUAAAAUAGUCAUGGUUCGAAUCCCGGUACGUAUCUUUUUAAUGAAUAAAAAAAAUUAAUUUUGAAGACCAAAAUGUCCUUCCUACUUUCACUCUCGUUGCAGGAAAUUUGAAAUGGGGCUCCCGUUUUUCCCUUCGGCGUAUUAUAAGUACUAGCUUGUAACCCGACCCGUUGGUCGGAGGAGCUGAGCCGAAUAUUGAAUUAUUGGGAUAACCCGUAGAUUCAACCAUUAAGCUAAAUUGGUCUAAUGGUGAGUACCGCCUAGCAUAUCCCUAAUAAUCAUACCAAAGUGAAUAUAUUGGAACAUAAACAGUACAUCAAAAGUUGGUACAACCAUGAAGUUAGACCAUUAAAAACAUACCAAUGAAAUUGAAUAGCAUCG